CGAAAAACCAACAUUCAAUUCAAACUCCUUUUUAUAUUUCCAUCUCUCAGCUUGUGUUCAUGUUCAUAUUCAACAAAAAUCAACCCAAUAAACACAAACAUACAGUAACCAUGGAGGACUCCGUUUAUUCUCUAAUCCUCAAGGGAUGCAAGUUGUCUCAAGACCUUCAAUCUAACCUACCCACCAUUGGUAAUCAACCCAACUUGCUUCUCAGAGCAUGUGAUGAUAUUAUAAGGACAUUUGCUACUGCCAGAGAACGCAUAAAUGGUCAGGUAGGCGCCCAAGCUCAAUUACCUUCUCUACCAGGCCCUUUCUUUUAUCCACCCAUGAUGUUUCCUGAGCAGCAGCUGCAGAAUAUUGAUCCAAGUUUGCAGGAAUGGCUAAAGUCUAGCGUCACACAAGCCAUGGAGGACGUGAUUCAAACGCAACUUUUAGCUGAUCAGAGAAGCUCACUUACCAUCAGAGAUCAUGCAGAAGGUUCAUCAUCAACACGAUUGAGAGGCUCCGGAGGAGAUGUUGAGGCAAUGGAUGUUGUAUCGGAUUCUGCUGUCAGAAGUACGACUUCUCCUCCACUGAGACACCGACGAAGUGAGAAUGCAAGAACAGUGAUGGUACCAGCUCCUCGGUUUGGAAAUGUGGAAAUUCCACCGGAAGAUGGCUACACUUGGAGAAAAUACGGGCAGAAAGAGAUACUGAAUUCAAAGUACCCGAGGAGUUAUUACAGGUGCACACACCAAAAGUUGUACCAGUGCCCUGCCAAGAAGCAAGUUCAGAGAUUGGAUAAUGAUCCCUCUACAUUUGAAGUAACAUACAAUGGUGAACACACAUGCCACAUGUCAUCUACAGCACCAUCAAUCCCAGUUUCAGCAUCAGAAAUUACGCAAGAGAUGAGUAGACAAGCUAUUACCAUGCAACAACCUUCACCAACUACUAGUCUUGGCACAUGGCUCUCCAUGGAGGUAGGGGCUGGAGGGAGUGGUAGAAGCAGCAUGGUUGGCGGCUAUAGUGGCGGCAGCGGUAAUGCAGGAGCAGGACCCUCCACCAUUCGAUGUGACAGUAAGGAUGGCGAUCAGUAUCUGCAAGUGGCAAAUAUGGCUGAUGCAAUGUUUAACUCUGGCAGUAGUAGCAGCAAUAGCAUGGAAUUUAUCUUCCCUGCUAGUAUGGAUCAAGAAAAAUGGCAGCCAGAAGACAAGAAAGAUUGAUAUAUAUUUAUUCAGUUAGUUUCCUUUUUUUUUUCCUUUAAAUGUUUGCAUUUAUUUAAAUGCGAACCGAGUUAAUUGAUGUUAGCUAAAGUUACUAAAAAAAAUUUGGAUUAAGGUUUCUAUAUAGAAGGUUACGAAAUUUUGA